UCCGCAUGCGCAGUGGUUUAAAAGAUCAAUCCUUCAACAAAAAUUUCUCCUAGAAUGAGGAACAAAAUAUCGUAGAGUUCGGGACGAAAAACCGCCGGAAUUCCCGACUUCUGCAGCUCAGAGGGAACCGAGUUUAGUUCUGUGUGGAGUGAAUGAGUCGUCUGUUUUUGAUGUGAGGUUUUUAGGCGGGAAAAAGGGGAACAAGACAUGUCUCUUGUGACAGUGCAGCGCUCGCCCACCCCCAGUAACAGCGGCUCCAGCAGCGGAUCUGUGGAAGAUGCUGAUGAUGAGUCAGAGGAGAAGAGACUGAAGCGCACCCACAGUUUGUGUGAGAGUUACGUGGCCAUUAAGGACUGUGUACUAAUACUACCACAGAGCGACAAUGUCCAACGCCCGGCCAGGUCCACUAAAGGAGGAGACUUACAGAACCACCUCCAGUCCAUGUUCUACUUACUUCGGCCUCAGGACACCAUCAAACUGGCAGUUAAGCUGGAGAGCGCGUACCCUGACCGUAUCCGGUACAUGGCGAUCGUGUCGUGUUUCGGGCGCGAGGACACGGAGGAGAGCAUCAUCCUGGGGAUCGACUUUCAGGACCGGAGCGCCGAGGCGUCCGUUGGCCUCGUGCUGCCGAUCUGGAGCAACACCAAGGUUGUGCUGGACGGGGAUGGAGGGUUCAGUGUGAGCAGCCAUGGACGGUACUUCAUCUUCAAACCUGUGUCUGUGCAGGCCAUGUGGUCUGCCCUUCAGAGUCUCCACAAGGUGGCCGCCAUCGCGCGAGAGUACAACUACUUUGACGGCAGCAUCUUCCUGACCUGGACCGGUUACUAUAGCAACCGCAUCUCCUCCAACCAAUCGUGUGUGAAGGAGUGGCACAUCCUGGACGACCUCAUGUGUCAUCGGCCUGAGUCUCCCUCAUUAUAUGGAGACAGACCAACAGAAAAAGUGCUGACGGAGCGAAACAUCCGCAAGUUCCUCAAGAUGGUGAUGAUGCAGGUUGACCUGGAGAACGUCACUAGUAAACAGGUCCGUCAGCAAGUUGAGAAGAAGAUGAACACCAACCUGCACGACUUCAGAGGUUACAUUGACCAGGAGAUGAUCAUCAUUCUGGGACAGAUGGACGCUGCUUCAGAGAUCUUCGAACACCUUUACCUGGGUUCAGAGUGGAAUGCAUCAAACCUGGAAGAGUUACAGCAAAAUGGUGUUGGAUACAUCCUAAACGUCACACGAGAAAUUGAUAACUUCUACCCAGGCAUGUUUGACUACUGCAACGUGCGUGUUUACGAUGAGGAGGACUCAGAACUACUCAGCCACUGGAACCGCACAUACGAGUACAUCGAGAAGGCAAAGAGGAUGGGGUCCAAAUGUCUGGUCCACUGUAAGAUGGGUGUCAGCAGGUCUGCAUCGACGGUGAUUGCCUACGCCAUGAAGGAGUACAACAUGACCAUGCAGGAUGCCUACAACUACGUCAAGAGCAUCCGCAGCUGCAUCAAGCCCAACUCAGCCUUCAUGCAACAGCUGGAGGAAUACCAGGGCAUCCUGGAUGCCAGCAACCAGAGGCACAACAAGUUGUGGCGCCAGCCGACCCAGGAGCAGCCAACCAGCGCUACUACAGAAGGCGACAAGAGCGACCACACCGACACUGAAUCUGUAGACUCUGUAGAACUGGAGGUGUUCACCACCUCCACUCCCAAAAUGGACCAGUCCGCUGACCCCCAGGUCGCCAGGGAGAUGGAGGUCAGCAGCAUGGCCAACCUUGAGAACAUCGAGGGCAGCGGUUCCGAGGAGGAGGAAGGUCGCGAGGGGUCAGGUGAGGAGGACGCUGGGUCGUCCAGUGACCUUGACGUGACGCUAGAAGUCACGAGUGAGGAAACACACUCUGCAGCAGAGAAGGAGAACCCGGCCAACGGUAGAACUGCUGAGGUCGCGACCUUGAGAACUGCUGAGGUCGCGACCUUGGAGCCAGGGGAGGGGGAGGAACAGAAGCCGUCAAGGUCAGACAGCGAAGCUGAAGAAGACGAUGAUACAGUUCCGUCCUACAAAGUCGACUUUUUUAGCCUGAUGGAAAAAUUCAACCGGCCCACGAGUCCUCGCAGAGAGUCGCGUAGAAAGUCGUUUUCGUCACUGGGAAGGAAGGGCAGCCAGAGGUCAUGGUCGGAGAACGACCGGCUUUCGCAGACGUGCCCCGAGCUGGUCUCGGUCACGCCGGUGAAAACGAAGGUACAGCCGCCGCAGCGCGCUGACCCCGCACCAGACAUGGCAGAGGGGUUAGAAUGUAGGGAGGACAAAGGUCAAGGUUCACAGGUGGAAGGUCAGGUCACGGCUGGCGUGGUGGUGGCUGCUAAUGUGGUGGUGGGUUCGGCAGGCUUGGUGGAGGGGCAGGUGGCAGGGGAGGCUGCAGCUGGUCACGCAGGUGCUUCAGGUGGCCCCGCAGCUGCAGCUGGUCAGCAGGUGGACUCGGGGGAGCAGGCUGGGAUUGAAGAGUAUCAACGGAGCCUAAGCCAGCCUCCCAAAGCCAGUGCGGAGGCUCACGUCCUUGACUUUGACCCCAAGGUCAUGUCGGUGAGGGAGAUCGUGUCGGGUUUCGAGUUGCAGACGGGUGGGGCCGUUACCACGGAGAUCUCCACGACGACGGCGCCGGCCACGCCCGCUGCCGGGAGGAAGGUGCGCCCCACAUCCAUGCCAAAGGACGACCACAGCUGGAUACGAGACAUUGUGCAGUGGUGCUCCGAGAUGAAGGGGGACCCGUCGCUGGGCUCCGACCGGCCGCGAGCGUUUUCGGAGUCGCCGGCCCUGGCAGUUUCCGAGGAGACGACCCGGCGGAAGAGCGAAUGGCGGCAGAGCUGCGAGGACCUGAAGAACUCCCGCAGCUACAGCGACCCCGACGUCCGGACUCCCAGGAACGUCGCGUUUCCUGAUGCCGAGGACAAUCACCAUGGGAUGGAGCAACAAAGGGAGAAAGUGUCCAGCUUGAGGACGAAAUCCGACCCCAAGAGUUCAGCUUCUGCAUCGUCAUCUGCAGAAAGGCCUUUGUUAAGAGUAGAAAACGUCUCAGGAACGAGUGUUGGUCCGGCGAAACAGCCUUCAGCAACCCAGCAGGACUUGGCCAAAACAACAGGGCCAGCGCAAACAACUGUAUUGGAGCCCGCAGGUGAUCAACAGUCCUCUAGCCUGGCGUGGAAACCAGGAGUUGUCAAACAACAGAAGCAGCAGAUUGAGAGAAGAUUCGGCGCAGGCUCGUGGUCGGAAGGGCAAGAAUCAUCUUCAUCAGGUCCGGAGAGCAAAGCUGCAGAGCAAGGAGCCAACAAGCAGGAAGAGUUGGACCGGCCUGAAAACAAAACCAACGAUCUGGUUGCCAAAUCCUCCGAGGUGUUACCAAGAAACCUGCCAACAAGGCCGGUCACAAUUCUGGAGACGUCCGACCCGCCAACGGCCAGGCCGACUUCCUUACCAGUUGGAAAAGAAGAGGAGUCUUCCAGGGAUGAGAACGUCAUGCUACAGUCGGGGAUCGUCAAGAAACACAAGGACGGCUUCGAGCAGAGGUGGAGGCUAUCGGUGGGGUCCAACUACGAGGAGCUAGCAUCAUCCAUGGAAACGUCCGGGACUACAGUGGAGAAAUCUUUACCGUUAGUAGAAGACAAAGGUCCGCUCGCGUCGGCGUACCCUGCAGAGAAUAUACCAUGGUUCGUUGGGGCGGUGAAGCAACAGAAAGGCGUCAUAGAAACACGUAAGGUGGUCACGCCCACCGAGCCUAGACCGGACUCUGUCGAUGGCGCGCCGUUUGCCCCAAGCACUCCUACAGCAGAAGAACUAUCCUCUAGUUCGGAGGAGGGGAUUGUGAAGAAACGAACGCGGGAACUGGAAGCUUUAAGUAGCAGCGACGUGUCAAACACGAUGAAGAAGUCGGCCUCCGCGACGGGACUUUCCGACAGAGUCACCACACUUAAAGACGCAGACGACUCGAGACGGUCGUCGACGCAAAGUCUUGAAGACUUCCAGGCCUUCUCUACGCGGUCCGAGUCCGCUCCCGAGAACUUGCGCUACUGCGUGUCUGAGAAAAGUUCCCCGGUUGGUUCCCCAACGAAAAGCGACGGGGGCGCCGCAGAAGACGUGAGCGUUCGCGUGCUCGUCAGCAUUUUCGACAAGUCCAAAGAGGCCGAGGACGCGACAAAGACCUUGGAACGCCAGCACGCGGAAGUCGAGCGGUCAAAAUCGUUCUCCGAAGGCCAAACAGAACAAAACAGCUCAGAGAAGGAAAACCACCAGUUCCAGACAGCCAAACCCCUGGUUAGGACUCGUCCCAGGUUGGGCGCUGACUCCAACCCUCCUGUAGUCUUAUCUAACAGGAAAACCCGUCAGUACAGUCGUAACCACCCCGUCAGCAGAUUGCGAAAAGACAGGAAACAGCGGAGCACAAAUCCCUUCUACAACACGAUGUGAACUCAAAUACUGGCUGCGAAAAGUUUGCUCAUAUUUUAUUUGAUAAUUAUUUCACUGAAAACUGCCGGCGCCAGCUUACAGACUGCAAUUUUAUUCGCUCUUGAGUUUCAAAUUUUGGCUGAGCUGCUUUGAUUUUUAAAAACACUAGAAUUCUACUACAGCAAUGGUUACUUUCUCACUUUAGGUUAUGACCACAUCCCCAGAUGCAAUUAUAAGGAUGUCUUGAUAGCGAUGUUCACUUGUUGCAGCACAGCACACCAGAUAUUGUUCUCAUAUGCUUUUCUUCUCUUUUUGUGCUGAAUGCCUAGGCCAAACUUCUCUUAACCCAGUGAAAUGUUCAGCUACAGCCCUAUAGAAGUGAGAGCAAUAGCUAGUCUUGUUUCUGUUGUUGCAGAGAAAAUCCUGGGGUCUUCCAUUCUAAGUUUGAAUGAUUUAAAAUUAUCCCAGGACUUAAACUUUUCCCAACUUCUUGGAGACUAAGAGAGUCCACUAAGAUAUUAUACAGGUAUCUACAAUGUACAACUAAUGUCUUAGACUUAAAAAUGCACAGGUAGCAGCACAGGCACAGUGAACUGUGCUUUUUAGAGUUCUUAGAAAGUCUUACUUCUAAUUUUAAAGAUGGAUCUUUUGUCACUUUAUUGCUGGAUAGGAAGAAUGUUGUAAUUUUACUGUAAGAUGCCCAAGUUGUGUAGCUGUGAUGUUUGACGGACGAAUCUUGUUGAGUUCUCAUCUGAGAUGACCAGAGGUUUGCGAGUAGGUCGUAGGUAACUCAGAUGGAAAGAUUACAUGUGGAACAUGUGUAGAGUAUGUGUGGAAUUUCGAACUUGUGUGUAUACAAUGUAUGUGCAGCUUGUAUGUGUGUACCAUCUGUGUAGCAAGUGUGCACAAUUAAUGUGUGGACCACGUGUGUAACAUACAUGGGAGCAUGUGUGUAGCAAGUGUGGACUAUGCAUGGACC